AGUCGUAAGAACUGUUAAGUGCUAAUAUUACGGAAGUAAAACAUAUUUGAGUUUAAUAUUUCGGUGGGUUCGCAGUAAAAGUUAAACACUUUGAAAACAUGCCUUCGGGAGAGAAAAAUGGCGAAACACCAUCUAAAACCACAGUGGCAGUACCAAAAUCGGUUGGCAACGACAGUGCAAAUGUGAAAGCCGAUAACAGUAAUAAAAAUAUAAAAGCUAAAUAUGUAAUUAAAAGUAGCGGUACAGUGCUCUUACCUAACCACGAUAUACCAGUGCCAACGAAAUUCAAUACUACAGAGAAUGUACUCGAUCCGUUCUGUGAUCCUGAGAAACCACAGAAAAUAUCCUUCCACGAUGUAACUUCGGCGGCUUUUCUCAUUAAGGAUGGUGUGGCGAAAACACCAUGUCCGCGUUCCACUUCAUCAGACUCUUAUGGCAUGGAUUUGUAUUUGAAGAAAGACUUUCUGCAAGUAACUGGCAGUUUCAAAGAACGUGGUGCUAGGUACGCUCUUCUCUGCCUCUCCGAACAACAAAAGAAGACUGGUGUCAUAUCCGCCUCGCUUGGAAAUCAUGCACAGGCGUUGAGCUAUCAUGGCUGGAAGCUAAAUAUACCCGUCAUAGUCGUAAUGCCAAAAGCUGCGCCCAUAAUGAAGAUUCAAAAAUGUCGCAAUUACAAGGCAACCGUAAUUGUGGAAGGCAAUGAUAUGGGUGAAGCUAAAACGAUCGCCAUGAAAAUGGCACAAGAUAAGGGUAUGCUCUACAUCAAUGGAUAUGAUCAUCCGCAAAUUAUGGCUGGUCAAGGCACAAUCGGUCUAGAGAUAUUGGAACAGGUGCCCAAUCCAGAUGCUGUGAUUAUACCGGUUGGUGGUGGUGGACUUAUAGCCGGCAUUGCAACCGCAAUUAAAGCUUUAUCGCCGAACACUACCGUUAUUGGCGUUGAGUCUGAGAAGUGUCCCAGCUUUUCGCAAGCAAUGGAAAAUAACGGACCCAUACACACACCCAUCAAUAAUACGUUAGCCGAUGGCUUAGCAGUACCCAAAGUCGGCUACAAUGCUUAUGUGACGGCACUACCGCUCAUCGAUAAGAUGGUGGUGGUGAAGGAGGAAUGGAUUGCAUUGGCCAUUCUACGUUUGGUGGAGGAGGAGAAGUGUGUGGUGGAGGGAGCAGGUGCUUCGGGCUUGGCCGCUGUACUGGCGGGACAGUUGAAUGAAUUGAAAGGCAAAAAGGUUGUGAUUCUCUUAUGUGGCGGCAAUAUAGAUACCACUGUAUUUGGACGCUGUUUGGAGCGUGGUCUAGCCGCCGAAGGUCGUCUAGUGAAGUUUCAAGCCGAAGUUAGUGAUCGCCCUGGUGGUAUAUAUGAUCUGUGCAGACUACUUUCCCACUUAGGUGUCUCCAUCAAGGAUAUAAUGCACGAGCGCGCUUGGCUCAGAGAUAUAUACACAGUGUCGGUUAAAGUCGUCUGUGAGACUCGUGACUGGUCCCAUAGUAUGGAAUUGAAGAAUGAAUUGAAGAAGCAUUAUACAAAUGUUGAGUUCAGUGAGGAGCCCAUGGCCAUACUUAACAAUGUAGCUUCUUAAUGAAUUUAAUUUAAUUAUACACUUAUUUAAAUACUUUGUUUACUAUUUAUAAGUAUGUGAAGAAAUAUGGGGAAUGCAGCAAAGGUUUCUAAAUUUAU